GCACAGUCGAGUGGCUCGCCCUCGCCCUCGUCCCUCCUCCUGCACCCACUGCCGCCGCCAUGUGUCAGCAGCAAGAUGAAGCGCCCGUGGCCGACACGGCAGAGGCGGCGCCCAAGCUGGACGCGGGGAAUAUGGGCCAUGACCACUAUGCCCAGCGCCUGCCCCGAUGGCGCAACACGCUGCGCAACCGCCUCAUCCCCAUCAUACGCUGGGAGACGCCGUGGCUGGCGCUGCUGCAGGACAAGAUGCGCUCGCCCGCCCUCGACUCGUACUUUGCCUACACUGCCAACCUCGGCACCCACACCUUCUUCAUGGUCUUCCUGCCCAUCCAGUUCUGGUGCGGCUACACCAGCGUGGGCCGAGCGACUGUCUUCAUGCUCGCUGCCGGUGUCUACACCACCGGCUUCCUGAAGGACCUGCUCUGCCUCCCUCGGCCCCUGUCCCCGCCCCUCGCCCGCAUAUCCAUGUCGGGCUCGGCUGCCCUCGAGUAUGGCUUUCCCUCGUCCCACUCGGCCAAUGCCGUGUCGGUGGCCGUCUAUGCCAUCUACACGCUGCGCCAGUCCGCCCAAACGGACAAUCCUAACGUGAACAUGGCCCUGCAGGGCCUCUUCUACUUUUACGCACUGUCCAUCAUUGCCGGCCGGUUAUAUUGCGGCAUGCACGGCUUCCUCGACGUCAUAGUGGGGAGCAUCAUGGGCGCCGCCAUUGCCGCAUUGCAGCUCGCCUUCGGUGACUGGGCCGACUCGUGGAUCUUUAGUGGCAGCGUCCUGCACAUCUUCAUUGCGACCCUGGCCCUCUGCGUUCUGGUCCGUAUCCACCCUGAGCCCGCCGACGACUGCCCCUGCUACGACGACAGUGUGUCGUUUGCUGGCGUCGUCAUUGGCAUCAACCUCGGCGCGUGGCAUUUUGCCCAAACUAGCUACGCCUUGCCAGAUGCAUAUCCGUCUUCCGUUCCCUUUGACUUGCAACAGAUGGGAUGGCUCAAGGCAACGCUGCGUAUCUUGCUAGGUGUCGUUGUCAUCUUCGUCUGGAGAUCAACCAUGAAGCCAGCCUUGUUCUCCAUCCUGCCUCCCAUCUUCCGUCUCCUUGAACAGGCUCGCUGGAACAUGCCCCGAGCUUUCUUCUUGAACGCCUCCAAGUAUAGUUCGAUUAAGCCGUUUGCCGACGACGACAAUGUCAUCCCACCUGCUUCUGAACUGCCGCAUAUGCUCAAGAACCUCGCUCAUCCACGCACGCGAUCCGUCUCGGUUGGUCCCCAGUCCGCCGCAGAUGCAUAUGAGACGCUCGCAUACCGCAAUCGUCGUCGACGUGAGAGUGUCAACUCAGUCGACGGUAAGAUCCCUGCAAUCUCUGCAGAUGUAUCAGGCCCUCCACUUCUUGAUACGCCCAAUGUGGAAAAGUCGGACCCCCUACUUGGUACAGGUCUGCUACCAACACCAAUGGCAUCUCGCGUACAGUCUUACGAGCGGAUGAUGGGUACAGGAAAAGUCCAGUUGGACGAGAAGACUCCUCUGACUCCACCCGAGAGUGAUAUGGACGUCGCAGGCAACAUUUACACGGGAAGCCCGACGGAAGAAGAAGAGAAGCGUGAGAUUUUCAUGAAGCUUACGAAGCCACGAGUACGCUACGAUGUUGAAGUCGUAACAAAGCUGAUUGUCUAUACUGGUAUUGCAUACAUAGCAGUGGCAGGAAACCCCAUACUAUUCGAGCUCUUGGGAUUAAGCAUGGGCAACCAGGCAUAGUCUACCUGGUUUACGCGUUCUGCCUUUUCGCCGUACAUACACCAGCGUUGUUGGCUGCUCCUAGAUGGAUUGCACCCAAUCAAGUCUACAUCGGAAAUGGAGGACGGCUUGCUUACAUGUUUUUUCGUCUUGUUCUACUUUUAAUAUAUCCCAUCAUGUUGAAAGCCUAUAUGUAAUGGUCGCUAGCGGCACGUUUUUAUGAUAGUUUGUUUUUCUUUUCUUUCAAUACAGC